CUGAUCUAGAGAUCCAUUUUGGAAAAGUGGAACACUUUUUAAUGUCAGUACCACCACUAUCUAUCAAAAUCACUUUGAAUAAGUCACUUAGGACGGCCACAUGUUGAAGAGUUGACCAAGACAAACUACUCAACUCAUCAAAUGUCAAAACCAUAUUUUAGUCAACGCUCAUCAUUCUGUUCUUUCGUCAAAUAAUCAACCAUAACUGGAACAGUCUUACAUCAAAAAAUUCAACAUCUUAUCAUCCAUUUCACAAUGUCUCCAUAUCUAUAAAUCCCCACCUCAUACUCUUAGCAAUCCCACAAUUACAAACAUAGAAAAUUUACAGAAAAAACAGAGUUCCAAUCCUUCAAAAAAGCUAGCUGCUAUGGAAACUCAUAAAGUUGUGAUCAUUUCUUGUCUGUUGCUAUUGUGCAUUAGCAAUGGUGUUUCUGCAGCAGAUUGUCCUUCCAAAACCAUGAAGGGAGCUUACUAUCCUUCAUGGAGAAGCUCUGUUUUUCCACCAUCAUCCAUAGAUUCAAGCUUCUUUACACAUAUCUACUACGCUUUCCUUUCACCUAAUCCCACAACUUUCGCCUUCGAAAUCGACAACUCAACAGCUCCGAUUCUUUCAUCCUUCAACUCAGUCUUACACGCAAAGAAACCACAGCUCAAGACUCUGUUUUCCGUUGGCGGAGGUGCCGGCGGUUCGACCCUGUAUGCAAACAUGGCCUCCACGCCGGAAUCUCGCCGGAGCUUCAUCUUGUCCAGCAUACAAGUGGCCCGAACGUACGGUUUUGAUGGGAUCGAUCUUGAUUGGGAAUUCCCACAGAACCCAAAAGAAAUGAACGAUUUGGGUACUCUGUUCGACGAAUGGCGAGCUGAAAUUGUUAAGGAAAGCAGACAAACGCGCCGCCCGCAGCUGUUACUGUCGGCGGCCGUUUACUUUUCCGCCACUUUUUUCCUCUCCGACACGGUUAGAACCUACCCAGUUGCAUCGAUCAACAAGAAUCUGGAUUGGGUCAACGCCAUGUGCUACGAUUAUCACGGGUCGUGGGAACCCAAGAUCACGGGCGCCCAAUCCGCACUCUUUGACCCGAAGAGCAACAUCAGCACAAGCUACGGUCUGCGUUCAUGGAUCAAGGCCGGAAUCUGGAGGAACAAAUUGGUAAUGGGUUUGCCGCUUUAUGGCCGGACUUGGACUUUGGCCGAUCCAAAUGUCAGCGGCGUCGGUGCUCCCGCCGUCGGGCUCGGUCCCGCUGGUUCAACUGGGGAUGCCGGGAUUCUGCUCUUCUACGAAGUGGAGGAAUUUAACAGGAAGAAUAAUGCAAAGAUUGGAUUCGAUUUGGCCACCAUGUCGACUUACUCAGUCGCUGGAACUUCUUGGAUUGGGUACGAUGAUGCCAGAUCGACGACGGCGAGGAUUGAUUUUGCUCAGGGGUUGGGGAUUCGUGGUUACUUUUUCUGGGCCAUGAGCUAUGAUGAUCAGAAAUGGACAAUAUCCAAAACAGCUUCAAGACGAUGGUGAUGAGAAAUAAAGUUACAGAAUCAGAUCACCAUUCCUCCAGCAGCAUUGCAAAAUCCUGAUGGAGAAGUCACCAUUUCAUUGGUUUCAAAGUAUAUGUAACAAGCGAUUGGCAUUUUAAAUUUCUCGUUGAUUAUAAGUUAAAUUAAUCACUUGUUUUAGUUUGACCCAUUAGAUUGUUUUCGGCAUAAUUUAAUGGUAAGUAUUUCCAUAGACUUCAUAUGUAACAUCUCUUUUUGUAGAUCCAAAUUGUUACACCCAUAAAUAAAUUGAGCAUUUGAUGGUUGUUAAAUAACAUUACUCGCUUACAUAAACAGAAAGUUCAAGCACAACAAUUAUCCGUUGAUCCAAUAUGUAUAUCCAUGUUACUAAC